AUGCGGCCUUUCUCCUUUGCAUCCAUCCCUCGCGCUACUCGCAUCACCACUCGAAUCAACCCGUUUUUUACUCAACCUCGCAACUUCUCCUUUACACAAGCAAUCAUGGGUGUCGAAAAGACUAUCAUCACGGAGGGUAACGGCCCUUCCCCCAAGGUUGGCCAGACGGUCAGCAUGGAGUACACUGGCUGGCUCCAGGAGAACGGCGGCAAGGGCAAGCAGUUCGAUAGCUCUGUCGGACGUGGUGACUUCGAUGUCAAGAUUGGCGUCGGUCAGGUCAUCAAGGGUUGGGACGAGGGUGUUGUCCAGAUGAAGCUUGGCGAGAAGGCUACUCUUCUUAUCACCCCUGACUACGGCUACGGUGCUCGCGGCUUCCCCGGUGCCAUCCCUCCCAACUCCACUCUCAUCUUCGAUGUUGAGCUCAAGAAAAUCCGAUAA